CCCCUUUUGACCAAACUAUGGAGUGGAGCUGCAGGACGACUGCUUCUCUCCUGUUCUGAGCCACGUCAAGAUGAGCGAGCCGGACAGCAGCAGCUCCUCCUCUCAGGCGGCGGCAGACUUGAUGGACGAAGAGUUGGAGAGCGAGGAGGGGAAGAGCAGGAAGGAUGGCAGUCCCACCCCCAGUCUGUCGGGCUUUGCCUCGUUGCGCGCCGUCAUGCGCAUCAAACACAAGUACCAGGCCAUGAAGAAGAGGCGUCAGGAGAUGGCCCUCGGGCCGGGGCCCCCUGGGAGCCUCGCAGGAGCUCCAGGACGCACCAGUCCCAAGAUCUUCACUUUUGACGGAGCCACGCCCAGCACCUUCCCUGCCUUCUCCUGCGUUCCUCAGAAGAAGAAGAAGAAAAGAAAGAAACGCGUGUUGUUUCCCAACGAUGUGGGGCGCAAAGCGGUGCCGAAGCCGGAGCGAAGCCGGGCCACGUACUGCCUCUACCUGCUGUUCGUCAUCGUCUUCGUCCAGGUCUACAACGCCAUCGAGAACCUUGAUGACCACGUUCUCAGAUACGAUCUAGAGGGUUUAGAGAGGACCCUAAGGAGGGAGGUGUUUGGGCAGCAGGGGGCAGUCGAGGGUCUUCUGUCUCACCUGAAGGACUACCUGUCCACGUAUGUUCACAACAAGCCCCUGGUGGUAUCUGUGCACGGGCCCAGUGGAGUAGGAAAGAGCCACCUGGGGCGCCUCCUGGCCGGACACUUCCGCUCGGUGGUGGGCGACACGCUGGUGUUGCAGUACUACGUUCUCCACCACUGCCCGCAGGAGGCAGACGCUGCGCAGUGUGCUCGCAACCUUUCCACCCUCAUCUCAGGCAUAGUGGAGCGAGCCGAAGAGGAGGAGAAGAUCCCGCUCUUCAUCUUUGAUGAGGCUGAGCACAUGCACGUGGAGAUCCUGGACAUGCUGCGGCAGCUUGUCGCCUCCAAGCAGUGCAACGAGUACCUGAACGCCAUCUACUUGUUCCUGAGCAACCUGGGGCACUCGCACAUCACCAAACACUUGCUGCAGAACUCCUCAAGUAUUUCUGUGGCCAUGACGGCCUCGGGGCGCCACGCCAACCUGCUGAAGGAGCUCACGCCGGUGCUACGCAACGUUCUGGAGAAGCUUCACCCCCUGUGGACGGAGGCGGACAUCUUACCUCUCAGCCUUCUGGAGAAAAGUCACGUGAUGGAGUGCUUCCUGGAUGAAAUGACUCGAGAGGGCUUCUACCCAGAUCAUACCAACAUCGAGCGCCUCGCGGGGGAGAUCGAAUACCACACGGUUGUUGCGGGACGCGAAUACUCCCAGACAGGCUGCAAGCAGGUGGUGGCAAAGGUCAACCUGUUGUGAAACUUUCUGCAGGAAUCUUGACAUUCCUUCCAGAUUAGAAGAAGCCAAGUGAGAGACAAGUGGAUGAGGCAACUCUUACGAAACCCGAGAAAGACCACAACCCAGAGCCGAGGCUGUCAGCAACCGCUCGGUGCUGGUUUGUUGACGGCACAGUCUGGGUGGAAGACUCGCUUCCGUGGGAGGAAUCCAGCGUGGGAGGAAUCCAGCGUGGGCGUGAACAGAUGCAUUUACAAACUCACGUACAGCUCAACAGCAAAUUUAACGUCAACCCUGAUUAUGAUGCAAAAUUAAACCCGUUCUUUACAGGAGACGUAGCUUUGUAAACUGUGGAACCCAUUUCUGCCAGUGAAGAAAUAAAAUGUCAAACGUUAUAAAAAUGAGUUUCAGUCAUUAUGAGGUAAAUUCUCAUGUUUGACUUUCCUAACAGACGUGCUUUUACUUUGAAAGCCAUUAUUAUGACAUACCAUGUGACGUUUUAUUUAUUUAUUUGGCAGAAACGGACUUCCAUAAAAAUAGGACUUUAUUGUGAAAUGAAAUUAUCUUCAUGGAUUUGUACAAUUAGUUGUUUGGACUUUCAACAACGGUUCACUACCCAGGACCUCUUCUCGUGUAAACUAUAAACUUCUUAUCACCUGACGCCCAAAAGUGGAUGAUAAUGUUUUUGCCCCGUCGGUCUCAUGAGACGUCGGUUUUAACGAAACUUUCUAAACGGAGUCUUUAGAUGCGUUUCUAUAACUCAUUAACUUUUGGACUAAAUCGAUUCCAAAUGGAGAAGCUGAGAAUUUUCCGUUGUUCUUCUGUUGUGCAGCAGCAUAUUAUAAAAUACAUAUUAUAUUUUUUAUUAAAAAACAUUUAGGUUGCCAAGAACAGAACAGAAAACCAGAUGUUUUUACGUGAAA